UCCCAGCCAUGUUGCAGCGCAGGGGGUUGUAAACAGAAGCCGCCCCCUCCCUGCCCGCCGCCCUGCUGCAAGCCCCCAAGGAGGAGAAGCCGGCUCGGAGGGCCCCUCCCGUGGGGGCGGGCAGAGGGACCCCCUGGGGGAGUCCGUCCUGGUGGGAUGCCGUCUUGCCCUUGGGCCUGACCAUGAGCCAGCGGGGGCAUUGAAGAAGACAUCAGCCCCACCGGUACUGGAGGCGCAGCAGAGAGGGAAGCCUGCUUUGUCGGGGAGCCUCCUGCCGACAUCUCACCCAGCAGCUGCGAUGCACCCUCCAGGCCCCCUGCCUGUGGCCGCUCUCGCCCAACUGGUUUGCCUGCUCUUGGGACUCCCGGCCACCAAGGGCUACGUCCACGCUAUGUCAGGCCACAACUCCAGCAUGGACUUCUCGGACAUUCCUGCCAACUUUGGGAAUCCGCUGCCACCUGAGGGACUCCUGGGCCUUUUGGUGGAAGCCAAGCCUGCCAACGCCUGCCAGCCAGUCGAGGCCCCUCCAGAGGCAUCCAACACAAGCAGCUUCAUCGCCCUCGUCCGGAGAUACGAUUGCCACUUUGAUGCCAAGGUGUAUCACGCCCAGCAGGCUGGGUACGCAGCAGUCAUUGUGCACAACGUGGGCUCCGAGGAGCUGCUUCACAUGGUCUGGGAUGACGAAAAACUCCGCAAACGCAUCACUAUCCCUUCGGUGUUUGUGGGAGAGAGUGCGGCCAAAUUAUUGCGCAAUUUCUUCACCUACGAGAGAGGGGCUCAUGUCGUCUUGAUUCCAGAGUACAUCUUCCCUUUGGGCUAUUACCUCAUCCCUUUCACAGGCGUGGUGGGCAUCGUGAUCGCUGUGAUGUGUACCAUCCUGGUGGUGCGCUGCAUUCAGCACCGGAAGCGGCUGCGGAGGAACCGCCUUUCGAAGGAGCAGCUGAGGAAGAUCCCUGUUCACAAGUACAAGAAAGGAGACGAGUAUGAUGUCUGUGCCAUCUGCCUGGAGGAGUACGAAGACGGUGCCCGGCUGCGCAUCUUGCCCUGCUCUCACGCCUAUCACUGCAAGUGCGUGGACCCCUGGCUGACGCAGACGAAGAAGACCUGCCCUGUGUGCAAGCAGCGCGUGAUCCGAUCGGCUGAGGACUCCGACUCAGAGGGUGAGGCCCAGCCACGGCCCCCCCAGGAGGAAGACGAGGAGGAGGAGGACUCGGAGCGCACUCCCCUGCUGCGUGCCUCGCCCCUGGGGGCAGCACUGGGGCCCUCCUUUGGCAGCAUUGCCCAGCCCCCCCCUCCCUGCCUGGGGGAAGAGGAGGAGCAAGGGCCCAGCAGCCCCCCUCGCUCUGUGCAGGUCUAGCGCUUGCUGCAGGGACCCUCUGCUUUUACCACUGAGCUUCCAGUAGAUUUUAACCUUGUACUGAGGGGGGGUAGUGUCAGGGGACUAGCAGUUGUCCCUCUCGGGGAGGAGAACAGGAAGAGGAAGUGGGGGGGCAGGCUGCUUCGCCAGCAGGGAAAUGCUGAGGCUUUCAAACCCUGGGAUGGGGGUGGCGGCCUUGGUCUGUCCCACUUCCCCACCUUGUCUUCCCUUGUGGGGCAAGCAGAGCGCUCCCCCUUCCUUCCAUUCCGGCUGGGUGAGCAGAGGUGGAAGACCAGGGGCUUGCAGGUGCCUCCGCAGGGGAGGGGGGGGGCUCUGCCUUUAACCCGCAAGAUGCUGGGGUUGCUGGCUUCUGAUCCCAACAGAAAGAACUACCUUUCCCAGGGUCCUUUGGGUGCAAGGCUGGUGUUGCACCACAGGCUGCAUCCUGCCUGGUCUUUUGCACUUUUGCUGCCUGCCUCAGCCCCAGAGGAGCCCAGCCGGUCUCUGGCCCUUCCUCUAGCAAGCCAAGCCACGCAGAUGCCCACCUUCUGCACACCUUCCCCAGUUAGCGUGGGAGAGAGAGCAGCCAUCUUUGCGGAAGCAGCAACAAAGAGGCGGGGGGGGGGGGGUGGUAGAUGGGACUUCCCCUGAGUACCCACUCAGGGUGGGUGGGUGGGCACAAGCCUCACUUUUGCCCUCCCCACACCAGUUUUUGAUAGGCCCUUUUCAGGCCUCUGUGCUCUGCUGGGUUUGAACUGCCCCCCACUUCCCCACUGAAGACCUCGUUCCUCUGUGGGAGGAAGGUUAACAUCUUCUUUUGAGCUCCCCCCCAAACAUGACCAAGGUGGGUGGCUUCGUGCCCUGGGAAUGGUGCAGGAGCUGCUCAGUUCAGCUUUACUGAACGCACCAGGGGGGGGGGGAGAUUUUUACUGCACAUUCCUUUGAUCUUUGGCUGUGUGGGUUUCUUGUAACACAGCCCUUUGGGGAGAGGGGCCUGGGGUCCUCCCAGAGCUUUUGUAUGUACACUUUUCUCUGCAGGAAGACGACGACAGCCCUUCCGCAGCCUACACUGUAACCUAUUAAAAGGGAGUUGGUUUAACAGGA